AUGAAUAUCCAGCAGCAGUUCCCUGAUGUCCACUGGGUCUGGAAAGGAGGCAUCUCCUUUGUCUAUGAGGUCCAUCCUCGCAUCGUGGUCAAGGUCCCGAAAUCUGGCGACUUUGAGCGAGAGCAAUUUCAGAAAGAACUCAAGAUCUAUGAGAUCUUUUCUCAACAUCCGCCCUGCCCUUCUAUAGUGCAGUGUUUCUUCUACGCAGACAACGGCAUUUUCCUUGAGUACAUGCGAGAUGUAACCCUCUGUUCUAGGAUACAAAAUAAUCAUACUCGCGACCAGCAAUCUUCUGUGGUUACUAAAGUGGAGAAACUGGAACCUCUACCCCUACGAAAGGAAUGGAUGAAUGACCUCGCUCAAGCUGUUGCUUUUCUAGAAUCACUUAAUCUCGCUCAUGAUUUUGAUUGUACAGCAGAAAUUGGGACAGAUUUUGAAGCUUGCAUCGCCCCAUAUGGAAGAAUACUCAAUAGCAACGAGCAGGACCAAGGACGAUGUGGGAGUUCUGGUUUCCUAGGUCCUCGAACUGAACAAUUCGCCCUGGGUUCUUUAUACUACCUCAUAAACUACGGCUUUGAGGUUUACGGUGAUCGAUGUCUUACCAAGGAUCCCAAAGAGCAUGGACGCAAAGUUGUGGAGUUACUGCAGAACAUGGAAUUCGCAAAGUUAGAUGGUGAUCCAUUAAUUGACGACAUCAUCAGCAAAUGUUGGCACAAUAAUUAUGCCACGAUUGCGGAAUUGGCCGCAGACACAGAGACGCUCCUUCCUGGAAGAAACAACUGGAGAGAGACUGAAGCCGAAGCCGAAGCCGAAAAAAUGCAAUGGCGUACGGUUAUAGGCCGCGUUAUUCGCGGGUUAUGGAAAAGUUUCGUACUCUGUCGCACCAGCCAAGAAGCAACCAAGCCUGAAGUAGCUAAUGGUGGAGAAUUGGAUGGCUAUAGCCGUGGCAUCGGUCGCCAAAACAACUCAGUAGUGGAUUUCUCGUCGAAGAGAACAUUCUGUCAGAACCUGGAGAAGCGCGGACUUCUUCAUAUGCUUUCUUUGGGAGAGCCAGAGCAACUUGGAUUCACUAUCGAGUGGUAUAGACAUUCCACGAGUUGA